ACACACACACACACAGACAUAUGCAUGAACAGACUGACAUGCGCUGGAUAGACAGAGACAUACGGUGGAGGACCCCUUGGGCCGAUGUGGACCUCCAGCAGUCUCCAACCCGAGCUGUGACACGAACGCAUGUAUCUGUUUCCGACAGUGCCGCUCUGCUUAGAAAACCCGAUGACUGACAGACACAAAGCUCUUAGCUGAGCUGCUGGGCUGGACUGAACAAAACUGGAGGUGUGAAGUGGAAAGGAAGCACCAAGGUUGCCAUAAAUCAAUACCCUCUGAUUCCCUCAUCAAUUGUUUAUACUGGAUAGGUAAUCAGUGAAGUUGUCUUGUUAAGAUAGAAGAUAGAAGAUUUUUCGUGUGGCUGUAUGUUGUGAAAUUUGGACUGAUUUUCUCUACAAGAGUUUGUCUUCCUGCCCGUCUUCAAUAUGAUGUCAGAUGAAUACCUGGUGGACUGCAAUAUUGAUGAUGAUGAUGAUGAAGAAGAGGAAGAGGAGGAAGACGAAGAUAACAAAGACAUGCUGUUAUAUCUCUCUCCACACCCACCACCACCACCCCAGUUCUCCUCCUCCUCCCCAUCUCUCACUCCUCAGCCAUCACUCAACAGCGUUGAUUUCAGAGACCCGUACGGAGUCAACCAGCACCUGAAGGUGGACUUCAGUGAUGUCUUGGCUGAGCCUGCCUCCACACAUACCUACGAUCGUGUGUGGGUGUACAGCGGUAUUGGGUUUGAGUCGGGCCGCAUCUGGGGCUACCGCUGCCUCACAGUGUUGUGUGCCAUCCCCAUCUCCCUCCUCUCUGGCUGUCUAUUCGCCUUGAUGGCCUGCCUGCAUAUCUGGUGUGUGAUGCCCUGUAUCCAAGUAUGUCACACUUGCUUGCCUUGUGUGCGAUCAGUUUGGAUAAGUGUGGUCAACAUCUUCAUCAGGCCGUUCUGUGAAUCUGUUUCUCGCUGCUGCACUGGCGUUUAUGUCUCUCUCUCCAAAGACUGACAUUAAGUGAUGGGGAAAUUAUUCUCAGCGAUGUUUCUCCAUCUAUGGUGCUGAAGAUGGGCUUUAUUUUGGGGUUUUGGGUUUAUCUUUCAGAGGAACUGGAAGAAGUGACUUAAGGACAAUUACUCUGUUAUUGACAUGUUAUGUUACAUAUAACACUUUAUUUAAUGAAUUUUCUAGAAAUUUUCACCUCAGUAUUUCUGUCUACACCAGAAGGACGUUUUCAUACAUAUAUUUGGGUAAAUAAAAUGGAACCCUUUGUGUA